AUGGGGAUUAUUGAAGGAUACAGUUCAAGUUCAGAUUCCGAAAAUACAAAUGAAAGUUUAUUUCUGAACAACGUUCAGGGAACAGAUGGUACUCCCUUAACAUCUAAAAAGAGACAUCACUUCACAAAAAGAGAAUUAAAGAAGAGAAAACAGGCAAGAAAAACUAAUAGUCCAUGGGGAUCUUGGAGCAGUGAAGAUGAAGGUAAAUAUCAACCCGACGAUUACACUAACGAGGAUAAAGUGGAUGAGAAAUUUGAAUUAGUAGAUGAUGACUCAGAUACAGUUAGCACCGAUGAUAUUGAAAUAUCUCAUUUUUAUGGUAAAUCGGAAAAAGAUUAUCGAGGUCGUAGUAGCAUAUUAAAUCCACCAGUGGACAUAGAAACUACUUUAGAUAAAAAAAGCCUUACAUUCAAAACAUAUCUCCCAAAGAAGGUUAAAUACACUUUUGAAGGCCACAAGAAUGGUACAACAAGUUUAAAGUUUAUCCCAAAUACAGGUCAUUUAUUUCUAUCUGGGGGGAAUGAUAAUAAGAUAAAAUUAUGGGAUUUUUAUCAUGAAAGAAUUUGUAUAAGAGAUUAUGAGGGACAUUCUAAAUCAGUCAAUUCCAUGGAUUUUGUCAAUGACGGUACAUCGUUCAUUAGUAGUUCAUAUGAUAAAACUGUAAAGGUUUGGGAUACGGAAACUGGGUCCGUCUUAAAGAGGUUACGAUUUAAAGAUGGGGUCAGUUGUUGUGAAUUUCGUCCUACAGGAAUGAACGAAUUUAUAGUUGGUCUUUCUGAUUCGAGAAUCUUGCAUUAUGAUACACGGGUAACUGAACAAAAUGGACUUGUUCAAACGUAUGAUCAUCAUAUCGGAGGCAUUCUGGAUGUCAAAUAUUUCCAAGAUGGAUCCAAAUUUAUAUCAUCUUCUGAAGAUAAGACUGUAAUGAUUUGGAAUAGUGGAGUUAAUAUUCCUAUUAAAAAUAUCAGUGAUACAGCGCAGUAUUCUAUGCCUGUUAUUAACACACAUCCAACUCAAAAAUAUUUUUGUACCCAGAGUAUGGAUAACGCCAUAUAUACAUAUAAUAUGAAACCAAAGUUUAGGAAACUUCCAAAUAAAAUAUUCAAAGGACAAAAAUCGGUAGGUUAUGCUAUAGGAUUUACAUUCGCACCAGAUGGACAUUAUAUAUGUUCCGGAGAUAUCAGAAGUAAAGUUCUAUUGUGGGAUUGGACAACAUCGAAACUUCUAAAAGAGAUAUCAAUUCCAGGAAAAUCACCAAUUUCUCAAGUCAAGUGGCAUCCACAAGAAACGAGUAAAGUAAUUUGCUCAGGACCUGCAGGUAAAAUAUAUUUACUUGAUUAA